AUGGCAUCCAUGGCUCUCUCAUCCCCAUCAUUUGCAGGCACAGCUCUAACUUUGAACUCACAAUCAAAAUUCCCAACCAAUGUUAGAUCCAGCAGCAAAGGAAUGAUCAUAAUGAGGAAGACAUCAGCAAAGAAGCCUGCUGCUUCUUCAGGAAGUCCAUGGUACGGUCCAGACCGUGUCAAGUACCUUGGACCCUUCUCUGGCGAGUCUCCAUCAUACCUGACCGGUGAAUUCCCUGGUGACUACGUCUGGGAUACUGUUGGACUAUCCGCAGACCCAGAGACCUUUGCCAAGAACCGGGAACUGGAAGUGAUUCAUUCCAGGUGGGCCAUGCUCGGCGCUUUGGGAUGUGUUUUCCCUGAACUUCUCUCUAGAAAUGGAGUUAAGUUUGGAGAAGCAGUCUGGUUCAAAGCAGGUUCUCAGAUUUUCAGUGAAGGCGGACUCGACUACUUGGGAAACUCCAGCCUGGUUCAUGCACAGAGCAUCUUAGCUAUUUGGGCGACACAAGUUAUCCUUAUGGGUGCUGUUGAGGGAUACAGAGUUGCCGGAGGUCCACUAGGUGAUAUCGUCGACCCACUAUACCCAGGUGGUAGCUUUGACCCCUUGGGACUUGCGACCCAGAGGCAUUUUCUGAGCUAA